CGCCGAACACGGGCAGUUCCGCGACUCUUCAUUUGGUUCACUCUGCGACACAGUACUGCGUCUCUCCUCCUCACCAUACCUACUAAGACGUGAAUUAUUGCUUCGUUGCACAUCGUUUAGGUUUUCACUGCCCUUCACCGAUACGUCUAAAGGAACACGAGCGCCCCCGAUAUACCUUCCUUUCCCGCACUUCGCAUUCAGCGACCACGAUCUUUUAUAACCACAAGCUUAAUCCAGCAGCUUCACGUGCGGCGUGCGAUACCUUGGGCCUGGAUUCGCGACAAAGAUCUCUGGCGGUUACCCUUUCCGCCGCUUGAGCGCACAAUGAGCGCGCUCCAGCGAGGCAAGAGAAGCAGUUCAAAUCCCGUCCUAGGCGCCGAACGGGACGUCGUGGUGACCAACGACGAUGCUCAGAUUCCCAGUACCGACUUAUCAAAUCCCUCCUCGAGAACGUCAACCCCACCCCUCACCGCGAAGGAUUCUCUACAAAUUUCCAGCUCCAAAGAGCCAGAUGGAGCUGUUGCACCAACAUCGCCUUUCUUGCCAGUAUCAGAUGAACCAACACUGAACAGCGUGUCUGUUAACUCACUGGUUGGAAGGGACAGUAUCGAUGACUUGCAGGAUAACAGAUCCAGUAGCUUGAGCGAGUUGGGCGAUGCAUCUGAUGAGCAUUCAGAGCCUACUCCUCGUGCUGUCGGGGCUAUAGAUUUGAUUGACAAUGAUUCCGAAGCGGAAACUGAACGUUUGGAACAGACACCCCGGAAGUUAACCCGCACCGCGACGAAUGCAUCACUUAAUUCGGAGCAGAUGUAUGAACGAACACCAAGCAAGUUAUCGCAUACGAAGACCGUGCUCCAGGACAGCUCCGUGCCACCUUCGCCGACGUCUUCGGUCAUCGAUGAGGUUGAUGUGAUUGACGUUCCGACAGACGGGAAUGCAGCGCUCCGGUCGCUAUCAUUCGUGGCGGCGUCAGAAGCAGCAAGCCUGGAAUUGGCUGGGAAGAAACGGAAGCGUUCAAGUGCAGAAACAAGCUCUGCUGACGAAACAGCAACCGAAAAGCGUGCCAGAAAGCGGACAAGUGUCGAGGCAGAUCUUGCCCAUAGCGGCGACCGCGAGGGCGUAGCUUCCAGUUCCGCUCCAGUUGAUAUCGAAGAGGAGAUCGAGACUGCUGGGGAAAGAAUAUUGCAGCUUGCCGAAAAGGAAAUGGAGCUCGAGGCAAGACAGGCAGAUGUGGCAACAGAGGCUGUUGGAGAAUUGACCACAGUUGCAAAGCUCUCUAAACCUCGUAAAGGCGGUAGGAGAGGCAAGAGAAAGAAUGACGAUAUCGGUGGGGGCGUUGAUGUCACGAGCAAUCUCGAUUCCCAGGAGCUCCAAGGAGACGCCGAACAGGAAGAGGAGGAUGGCUCUGCAAUGGAUGAGGAAGCUUCGAAGAAGAAGACUGCAAUUGACGAGCUAGCAAAGAUCGAACGGAAGUUCAAGAUUUUCAGGGAAAAACUAUGUGACGAGCAGCUUGCUCAGUGUGAGUACGAGAUGGAUCUGCUUAAACAACCAAAUUGUCAACACCCCGAGUAUCUAGCCAUGAUUCGGUGUAUCGACGAUCGAAGAACGGCCAAGAUUGCUUAUGAAAGGCAAUUGAUGGAGUACAAGAAGCAAAGCCUUGAGAGGACCACGAUUGCAGAGAGGCAUCAGCUACACAGCCAAUACUUCCAAACCGUACGGGAUACUCGAGAAAACAUACUCUCGGACUGUAAUCAACGGAUAUACGAGCUGCAACGCGGCCGCAGACAGUAUGGAGUCGAGGAUAUUGAAUAUGCCAUCCGCCUACCAGAGAAGCGGUCGGAGCAAAUUCGUCAGCAGACAGCAUAUAAUCUAGAGGUCUCCAUCAUAUCCGGUGUAGCCAAGUACGUUGGCUUUCCUGCAGCUCCAGAACUGAAGGCUGCACGUCCAUCGGAAAUAGAUGAUGAUUUUCGAGCAAUGAAAAUCACACCACGUCCUUCGGCCACUCAAACCCUGCCCUACGUCCGCUCGAUGCACCGGAGUGCUACCGCCGACGAGGCUGCUGCGGAAGAGCAGUUUAUUGAAAGAACCCCUUGGGCAAACCCGCAACAUCCAGCGCAUCAGCAAACACAUUACCAAGUUGCUAUUGCUGCCACCCCAAGGCAGUCUAACCAGAGCUUCCAGACACCCGCUGGCCAAAGACGGAUUGUCGACAUUCAUGCCCCAAAUGGAUCUUCCUCCACCAUCGAGAUAGGCUCAAAUCCUCCCUCGGCCACAGCACACGCAGGGCGGGCUGGAGAGUCGGAAUCCCCAAUCUUGCAAUCAAAAAAACAUCCAGGUGACCAUGGCGCCUAUUCCGAAGUCCCUGGCUUACAUGCACGAAUCCCGAGUGAGGCUUUAGGGGACUCCUACACCAUCAACGCACAUCCACGUUCGAGCCCAGCCGCCAUCGUGGAACCGGUUACUGAUGAGCACGGUUCACGCUGGCAUACGAAUAAUCUACGAUCACUCAACCCAGUGGCACCAGCCGGAACUGCACGGCAGGUGCCAGUAUCUCAAAAGGGCAGUCUCGGCGCCAUAAACGCGCAGCCGCUUUUUGGUCGGUAGCGACGCUGUCUCUUCUCCGGAAAGGUUUUAUUUAUGCGUAUAUGAUAGGGUAGGCUGUAGGCAAUCUUGAAUUUGCUUAUGCUGUCUGAUUCUUUCUUAGUCUUUAUGUAGUGAUUUAGCUUCACUAUGUUCUGUCUAAAGCUCUAUGAGCUGGAUGCUUUUGGUGCUUUCUAUUAAUGCACGUAGUGUAGCAUGUACAACAGAGUUUACCUCAAUAUUUUUAUGAUUCCCCACCUUAUUAGUGUUAC